AUGGCGUCCUGGUACUCCAACAUCCUCACAAACACCACCUCCCGCAUCACAAACCUCCAGCGCUCAGUCUUCGCCUCCGAGGCCGACGGCGACACCGACGACGACACACACGUCUGCCGCGUCCUGCGGCAGUACUACACCGAGAACGGCCGCCCGCUGCCCAACUGGCUCCCACCAGACCCAAAGGCGCCCCCGCCCGCGCCCAUCGUCCAGCAGAACUCCGGGCCAGCGGCGUCCCGGUAUGGCGCCGCACCACAGCAAGGGGGCGCCCAGGGCGGGCUGAGCAGCCUGUGGGACCAGAACCGCGGCGCGGGCAGGGGCGCCGCCGGCGGUGCGGCGGGCAGCAGGAACCCCUUCGCACGAAACGCCGCCACGCCGGAUCCCGCGCCAGUCCAGGCACGGCCGUUGCCGAGCCAGAGGGCGGGCAGCGUUCAGAGCAACAGCGUGGACAUGGGCGCCGGCGGGGGAGGAGGCGGUGCGUCGAGCGCGCAGGACAGGCUGCGGCAGCGGCUGUAUGGGGGUGGUGCCAGGACGACGUCGCCUUCGUCCUCUACGGGCCCCUUCGCGCCGCCGCCGCAGCAAGGGGGAGGUGGCUUAUCACGAAGCAGAGGGGGGUCUGCAGCGAACUCGGGCAGUGGCGAUUAUGACCCCUACGGACCGGGCGGCCAGUUUGACUCUGGCAGUGGCAGUGGCAGUGGCGGAGGAGGAGGCAACAGGUUUGGCGGCGGUGGCCUGCCGUCUGGGCCGAGAAGGAUGGGUGGGCUCCCCAGCGGUCCACGGAUGAGAUAG